GAACAAAUUGAGGUAGUGAUUAUCUCCUUUUACUUGAUCAUGUUUAAUAUUUAGAAGUACAUAGGAAGCUGCCAAAUUCCAAGUCAGGCGUUUCACUGGUCCAGCUCACAUUGUGGCAAUGCCUUUCCAGAGUUUCCGGUGGCAUCUUACAGGGUAACAGGACUCAAAACUGGAACCUUCUGCAUGGCUUUCUAACAGUUACGGCUUACCCCACUGCAUAUUACCCAGACCUUAUUUAAUUUACACUGGUAUUAAAAAAAUAUACCGCCUCAGAAGCUGAUAGAAGGGAGAAGGGUAACCAGUAUCAAGUCAAAUCGCUGGUCCAUCUAGCUCAAUAUCAACUAUGCCAACUGGCAGUAACUUUAAAGACUGGUACUAUCUGGAGAUGCCGGGAAUUGAAUCAAGGACCUUGGGCAUGCAAAAGUAUCCCAUUGAACUCUGGACCUUUCCAUAAAAAUUAAUGGAUCCUGAAUAGCGGGCUGAAUUAAAUAGGAACUUAUAGAACCCAAAUGCUCUAUAAAGGGCUUAAAACAUAGGAGCACUGUGGUGAGUCAGUGUAAGCAUGACAGCUAAACAGAACAGUGAUAAGACACGGCAUAAUGCUUUUAAGUUAGUAUUUUACUAUUUGACUUUAACGAAGUAAAUAUUUGGGUUGUGGGGGCUUGCUGACAACUGGUAUCCUGUGAUUUGUUGGAACUGCAGUCAAGGUUUCCUUUUCAGUUUUUUGAAUAUGUGGGCAAGACCAGAAAUUGUGCGCAAGAUCUGCUUCUGAGUGCAUAAGGGAGGCCUACACUGAGAGCUUGCUUGGUAAAUCUGAGCCUUUGAAGUAGUACAAUAUGAGCCUGGGCUCCUCCACACCGAUGUGUUAUUGUGUGUGUAUCCUGCCAACAUGCUCUUGACACGGUAACAGUGGUGGAUUUAUUCUGCUUUAUUCUAUGAUGCUUCUCCAAUGCUGUUCUGUCCAGAGGGCAACAAAAACAGGUCAAAAAGAACAUUUGUGCAGUUAGAGGAUUUCACCGGGAAGGAGAAGCAGUAUUUCUCAUUCCCUGGAGAACUCCUGAUGAGGAUGUUGAAGAUGCUGAUAUUACCACUGAUCACCUCCAGCUUGAUGUCUGGCUUGGCCACCAUGGACUCCAAAGCCUGUGGAAGGAUGGGGAUCAUUACCAUCACCUAUUACCUCUGGACAACCUUCCUGGCAGUUACCACCGGGAUCGUCUUAGUCAUCAGCAUCCACCCGGGGGCCGCUGCCCAAAAGGAGGAGUACACUGUCGGCAAAGUGGUGCUCAGUUCCGCGGAUGCUUUGCUGGACCUCAUCAGAAAUAUGUUUCCUUCCAACCUCAUCGAGGCUUCGUUCCAGCAGUACCGAACAGUUCUUCUGCCCGUGGUGAAGUCAUCUGGGAUCCCGAAGAAAUCGACAAAGUCACUAAGUUUCAUCUACUUUGUGCCGGAUGCUGAGAACUCUGAGAUCCAGCGGCCGGUGCUCCUUGAGAUCACGCCAGCGCCAGAAAUGACCUACCGGACCCUCCCUGGCAGCAAUAACGAGAUGAACGUGCUAGGAAUAGUUAUCUUCUCAGCCACAAUCGGCCUCCUUCUGGGAAAGAUGGGCGAGCGAGGGGCUCCUCUGGUAAACGUCUGCCAGUGCCUGAACGAGGCAGUGAUGAAGAUUGUGGCCAUGGCAGUCUGGUACUUCCCGUUCGGCAUCGUCUUCUUGAUAGCCGGGAAGAUCUUGGAGAUGGAAGACCCCUCCACGAUUGGGAAGAAGCUCGGCCUCUAUGCCAUGACUGUCGUGACUGGCUUGGCCAUCCAUGGCCUCUGCUUCCUGCCUCUGCUGUUUGUGCUCAUCACCAAGAAGAACCCUUUCUCCUUCAUCCGGGGGAUCCUCCAAGCCCUGCUCAUCGCUCUGGCAACGUCGUCCAGCUCAGCCACGCUGCCCAUCACCCUGAAGUGUCUUUUAGAAAACAACGGGAUUGACAGGCGGAUAGCCAGGUUUGUCCUCCCGGUCGGGGCAACCAUCAACAUGGACGGGACUGCGCUUUAUGAGGCAGUGGCAGCCAUAUUUAUCGCGCAGGUCAACGAAUACGACCUGGACUUUGGGCAGAUCAUAACCAUCAGCAUCACGGCCACAGCGGCAAGCAUCGGGGCAGCCGGGAUCCCCCAGUCGGGCCUUGUUACCAUGGUCAUCGUGUUGACCUCUGUCGGCCUCCCCACGGAAGACAUCACCCUGAUCAUCGCGGUUGACUGGGCCUUGGACCGAUUACGCACAAUGACCAACGUCUUGGGAGAUGCGCUGGCAGCAGGAAUCAUAGCCCACGUCUGUCGGAAAGAUUUUGCUCCGAAACCAGGCAAAGAUCCCGAGAACAACGAAGAAAAACCAGCCUUGAGGGGGACGUCUGCCUCCAACGACCACGUGAUGGAAGUGAUCGGAGAGGUUUUAGCUGAGCAAAAAAACUACAACAUCUGUCAGGUGUGACACCUGCAGCCCACCUGCUCCUGGGGAGGGAAGGCAGGUCAGUGCGAAGAAGGUGCCUGUUACAGCUGCUUGACCCUCUGAGUGUCCCACCGGACAAGGGCCUCAUCGCGCACAAACACAGCAGAGAGAUAUGCACUGUGAAGAAGAAGCUCCGAACGACACAAAAGUGCCACGGCGUGAAGACCUCCUCUUGCACGGAUAAGAACAUGAGAAGAGCCUGCUGGGCCAGGCUAGCGGCCCGUCUAGUCUCACAGCAGCCAGCCAGCUGCCUGUGGGAAGCCAGCAAACAGGAUUUCCUGUUUCCCAGCCUAUUAGGAGAAGCCGGGGGGCGAACCUGAGACCUUUGUGCAUGCAAAGCAAGAUGCUGUGCCGCUAAGCUACAGACCUUCCCCUGCAGACGCCCAAAUUAGAAGUCCGUCAGCAAGAAAGAAGUGCAG